UUGCGCACCGGGAUGCGCGAGCAGCCUGAACAUGGCUCUCUGUCGGAUUUACUCAUCCCUUUUUCUUUUUGUUCUUUACACUUUACCAGACUGUGAAGCACUGAGAAACCAUCCGGAUAAUGAAGUUACACUUCUGGACUCCAUGUCAGCUCCAGGAGAUCUAGGCUGGGAGGCCUACCCAUCAGAAGGGUGGGAGGAGAUCAGCGUAAUGGAUGAGCGUAACAUCCCCAUGCGCACGUACCAGGUGUGCAACGUAAUGGAGGCCAACCAGAACAACUGGUUGCGCACAGGACUGAUCCCACGUGCUGGCGCACGGCGUGUUUACGUUGAACUCAAAUUCACACUGCGUGAUUGCAACAGCCUGCCUGGUGUUCCUGGAACCUGCAAAGAGACAUUCAAUGUCUACUAUCAUGAAUCGGAUGGUGCGGUGCCACCCCCACCACUACGGCACGCUCGCGAGAGCCAGUAUGUCAAAAUUGAUACGAUCGCAGCAGACGAGAGCUUCACCCAGAGCGAUGUGGGGGAGCGUGUCAUGAAGCUCAACACAGAAGUGCGCCACAUCGGGGGACUCAGCAAGCGAGGCCUCUACUUAGCAUUCCAGGACUUGGGUGCCUGCAUCGCCCUGGUAUCAGUUCGAGUGUUUUAUAAGCGAUGCCCGCUGGCCGUGACGAACCUGGCACUUUUCUCUGACACGGUGACAGGUGGAGACCAGGCGCUGGUGGAGGUGCGAGGGUCCUGUGUGGAGUAUGCUGAGGAGCUGGAGGCACCACGCAUGUUCUGCAGUGCAGACGGAGGCUGGCUUGUGCCGAUUGGACGAUGCGUGUGCAGGCCUGGCUUUGAGGAGAUUGAUGGCCAAUGUCAGCCCUGUAGGCCUGGCUUUUACAAAGCCUCAGCCAUGGACGCCUACUGCAUGAAGUGUCCACCACAUAGCUACUCUCAUCAGGACAAAGCCUCCGAGUGCAUAUGUGAAAGGGGCUACUACAGAGCCGAAACUGACCCUCGCUCCAUGGCCUGCACAAGGCCUCCAUCAGCACCAGGUAACCCCAUUUCCACAGUGAACGAGACAGCAGUGACUCUGGAGUGGAGCCCGCCUCGGGACACUGGGGGCAGAGGGGAUGUAAUCUACAGUGUUCAUUGCAAAAAGUGCUCAGGCUCUGUUGGUGAGAUGGUUGAGAAGUGCGUGCCCUGUGGCAGCAGUGUUCACUUCAGCCCACGCCAAUUUGGCCUGGCUCACCCCAGAGUUCAGGUCAGCGAGCUCCAGCCUCGAACCAACUACACGUUCAGCAUCGAGGCUGUGAAUGGAGUCUCAGAUCUCAGCCCAAGCCCUCGACACAUCGUGAACAUCAACAUCACCACCAGCCAGACAGUGAGUGUGAUUGUUAAGGAAAGGAGGAGCCGGGACAGCAUCACCCUGGCCUGGCAGGGUCCGGAAACGUCCGACGGCACUGUGGUGGAGUACGAGGUCACCUAUUAUGAGAAGAAUCAGCGAGACCAGAACUACACAGUGCUGAAGACCAAAUCCAACAUCAUGACAGUGGAGGGCUUGAAACCAGGUACCACGUAUGUGUUCAGGGUUCGUGCUCACACUGACGGAGGCUACGGCAACUACGGCGGAGAGAUCGAGCUGGAGACGAGACACGAAGAUAUGUUGGCAGUGGGAGAUCCAAACCAGAAGACCAUCUUGGCUGUGUCCAUUGCUGCUGGUGUAGUACUCCUCAUCCUUCUUGUGGCCUGCUUUGUGGUCAGUGGCAGGCACUGUGGCUACAUCAAAGCGAAACAGGACCCUGAGGAGGAGAAAAUGCAGUUCCAGCAUAGUCGCGUCCCACUUCCUGGAAGCAGAACGUACAUUCAUCCUCACACGUACGAGGACCCGAAUCAGGCAGUACGUGAUUUUGCCAAAGAAAUCGACGUCUCCAACAUCCGCAUAGAACGAGUGAUCGGAGCUGGCGAGUUUGGGGAAGUGUGCAGCGGUCGUUUGCGUCUGCCCAGUAAAAGGGAGAUCCACGUGGCUAUCAAGAGUCUUAAAGCAGGCUACACAGAGCAACAGAGGCGGGAUUUCCUCAGUGAGGCAAGCAUCAUGGGCCAGUUUGACCACCCGAACAUCAUCAGACUGGAAGGAGUUGUGACCCGAUGUAAACCUGUGAUGAUAAUAACUGAAUACAUGGAAAACGGAUCACUGGACACAUUUCUGAAGAAACAUGAUGGCCAGUUUACAGUGAUUCAGCUUUUGGGCAUGAUGCGAGGUAUUGCUGCUGGGAUGCAGUAUCUUUCUGAGAUGAACUACGUACAUCGAGACCUUGCAGCAAGGAACAUUCUGGUAAAUGGAAAUCUGGUGUGUAAAGUAUCAGACUUUGGACUGUCCCGUGUGCUUGAGGACGACCCAGACGCAGUGUAUACUACUAGGGGGGGAAAGAUUCCUAUCCGGUGGACGGCUCCAGAAGCCAUCGCGUACAGGAAGUUCACUUCAGCUAGUGAUGUGUGGAGUUACGGUAUCACCAUGUGGGAAGUAAUAUCUUAUGGGGAGCGGCCAUAUUGGGAGAUGUCCAAUCAGGACGUGAUAAAGGCAGUAGAUGAGGGCUACAGGCUGCCAGCACCAAUGGACUGCCCUGUGGUGUUGCAUCAACUCAUGCUGGACUGCUGGGAGAAGAACCGCAGCGAUAGGCCUAAGUUUGGACAGAUUGUCAUCAAUCUGGACCGGUUGAUCCGCAACCCCAGCAGCCUGAAACAGCUGGCCAACAGCACUGUCUGGGAAGACCCAGUAACUCCAGAGCCUGCAUUCAGCACUGUGGCUGAUUGGCUGGACUCCAUUAAGAUGAAUCAGUACAAAGAACAUUUCUCCAGUGCUGGCUAUUUCUCUCUUGACUCAGUCCUGUAUGUCAGUGUCAGUGAACUCGGGAAGAUGGGAGUUGUGUUGGCAGGCCAUCAGAAGAAAAUCCUCUCAAGCAUUCAGUGCCUGCACGUACAGCAGCAGCAGCAGCAGCAUCAGCAACAGGGAACCCACGUGCAGGUAUAAAUCUCCAGUUACGCCCUGCCUCCUCACUCCUAGCUCUAUCAUCAGACAGAUGUGUCUUCCUGUCCACCACUCCAGCAAGCCACUCCACUAUCAGCACUGAGUUCACCAACGCACAUCGGCCUGCCUGUUCUGAUUGGUGGCUAGGGUCAGUGGGGAACAUCCGGGCAUCUGGGCAGUUUUCAAGACAGAGACAGUGUGGAAGUGAGAAAAUUGCUCUGUGAAUUUAAGGAAGCACUGGUAAACCUCAGUGCAGAAUACUUUUACUCUGAUGUUCAACAGGAAGAAAAUAGGACCACGUGUUGUAAAAAAAAAAAAAGUAAAAAUAAAAAAAAAAAGCCUUCUGUUUUGUAGUAAUGUGGUGGUCUGUUGACUUGAUGCUUUUAGUGUUGAUGUAGGUGGAGUUUGUGUACCACAUUGGGAUGGACUUCUGCUAUAAGGCCAUCUGUGAACUUAUUUAUGGUAGAGUAAUAGUUUUUUCCAACAGGUGACAAAGCACUGGCCACACACAAUCAGACAGGAAAUGGAUGCAUUAUUACUCCACAUGCCAUACAGUCUGUUGUCAUGUGAGUGGAGUGCACAGAGACUCCUAUUCAAUGGGCCUGGCACAGGCCAAACUCAGUGGAGAGACAGAACCAAAGGGAUACUUCAGAACCAUUGAGGAAAUAUAUGUCACCUGUCUACAAAGAUUUUCUUCUUUUUUUGCUGAAUUGACAUUAAGAAACAUUGAUACUUUCACUGAUACUGAGUUGGAUGUGUCUUGUUAUUUCAUGUAAUGUGGACAUCAUAUUAACAGGAAGUGCUGCGUGUUCCCCUACUCACUCUUUGGCGAAUCAUCAUGCAGUACUUUAGCCGCUGAAGCACAGAAAUAUUGUUGUUAACAAAAUGAUUUUUUUAGUCCCUGUGUCAUGUGUCUCAAAAUGCCAUGUACAUAAUACUAUGUACUUAUUAAAGAUAGACAUGUUUGUGAUCCAGGUACUUCAGAAUAAACCUGCUCCAAGCCGGGGUUUGGUAUCACACUCAAAUUCCAAUUUUAUUAAGGUGAAAGAAUGGAGAAAAAAAAGUUUAAUUUGUACAGUAUUGUUUAAUGUGUGUUUGUACAGUCAUGACUUUAUGUCUCAAGUAUUUUAUUGGUCGUACAGUAAACUCAGACAAGGA